CUGGGAGGGAGCGCACGCCGCAGCGCGCGGGCAGAGCAGGAUGCUGGGUACAUGUGGCAUGCAACAACGUCACCAAGAGGUGCUAAAGAAGAACCGUGUGUUACUGGCAAAGCAGCUGGUGUUGAAGGAGUUGCUGGAGCAUCUGAUAGAGAAGGACAUUAUCACCAUAGAAAUGAUGGAAACUAUACAGGCCAAGGCUGGGAGCUUUAGCCAAAAUGUAGAGUUACUGAAUCUGCUGCCCAAGAGGGGCCCCACAGCCUUCUCAGCCUUCUGUGAAGCUCUGCGAGAAACCAAACAGCAGCACCUAGAGGAAAUGCUCUUGAACGCCAGACCCAGCCUGAGCAAUGGGAUUGCAAGGCUGGGCCAAGAUUAUGAGUCAAGUGACCCGUUCCCAGUUCGUGAAUCCUGCCUCUCACCAAAGAGACCACGCCAGAUUGGUGAGCUGAUGGAGCAUUCCUUGGAUAAUGGAGAUGGUCCUCCUUGCAUUCCGGUGAAGCCAUGCACCCCAGAAUUCUAUCAUGCUCACCAGCGCUUGGCUUAUAAGUUGAUAUCACAGCCCCGAGGCCUGGCACUCGUGCUCAGCAACAUGCAUUUCAGCAGUGAGAAGGACCUGGAGUUCCGUUCGGGUGGAGAUGUGGAUUACACUGCUCUGGAGAUGCUCUUCAAGCACCUUGGCUACAGGGUGACUGUCCUGCAUGAUCAAACUGUGCAGGAGAUGCAGGAGGCAUUGCAGAUGUUUUCUCAGCUGCCAGCUCACCGAGAUGUGGAUUCCUGCAUUGUGGCUCUACUCUCACAUGGCAUCGAGGGUGGGAUCUAUGGAGUUGAUGGCAAGUUACUGCAGUUGCAGGAGAUUUUCAGGCUCUUUGAUAAUGCAAACUGCCCAAGUCUCCAGAACAAGCCCAAAAUGUUCUUCAUUCAGGCCUGUCGUGGAGAUGAGACAGACCGGGGAGUGGAUCAGAGGGAUGGGAAAGAGCGCUCUGACUCUCCAGGCUGCGAGGAGAGUGAUGCCAACAAAGAGGAGAAUCCCAGGCUGCGUUUGCCCACACGUUCUGACAUGAUCUGUGGCUAUGCCUCUCUGAAAGGCACUGCUGCCAUGCGAAAUACCAAGCGUGGAUCCUGGUAUAUUGAGGCUCUCACUUCUGUGUUUGCCGAGGAUUCUCAAAACAUGCAUGUGGCUGACAUGUUGGUGAAGGUGAAUAGACUAAUCAAGCAGCGAGAAGGCUAUGCCCCUGGCACAGAGUUCCACCGAUGUAAGGAGAUGUCAGAGUACUGUAGCACACUCUGCAAAGACCUUUACCUAUUCCCUGGCUAUGUUCCUAGGAACUAA